AUGGGCCUGUCACUAUUCUCAAAAGCUAUUCUUAUCUGUUUUGCCCAAAGCGUGCCUCCCUCACUACUGCUUCUCCUGACCCCCAAACGCUCUUAUAUUCGUCCCAUUUAUCUAAUAUUUUCCUUAUGCUUUGCCUAUGAGUUCUUUCUCGUCUCGAAGGGUAUCUCAGUCAGCCCUGUCCGUUACAGUAAGGCCGGGUCCCAAAUUUUCGUUGCUGUAAUCCAGGCUACAAAUGUCCUGGUCAUCAAUCCUCUGGAUCGCGAUGAUCUUGUGCGCGGAGGCAUCGUCACAAAUUCAGAAUCAAUAUUUGCCCAAACCUGGCAUACCUCGACUAGUGUCUUCUUCGCUCUACGUGGCAUCAACACAGCCUGGAGAGUGAAGAAUAUCCCAGAGCAUCCAAAGUUCCUGACCGAGCAAGCAAAGCCUAGAAUCCCCCGGACAUCCUUCCUUGUUCGGCAGGCAUUCAUUCUAGCCUGGGAAUACUUGGUCCUGGAUGUGCUAUAUUUCCUCUCUCUCCAGGAUGACUCGCCACAAGUCCCGUUAGCGGACUUCAAGUACUUCAAUGUCGGUGCUGCUGCAUGGGGACAGCGUGUCGCCGUGUCAUUGAUUACAUGGUUUUGGGUGGCGCGAGUGUUGAUCGAUUCGAUAUACCGCGCCGGCGCGUUGGUCGCUGUUGGACUGUGUGGCGACGCACCUGAAGACUGGCCGCCAUUAUUUGGAAGCAUGUGGGAUGCGUAUACCUUGCGCAAUUUCUGGGGGAAAUUCUGGCACCAAUUUCUCCGCUGGCCAUUCACCUCGAUGAGCAACUACAUCACGAGGGACCUUCUGGGACUGCCGCGGCCAUCCAUUAUAGAACGUUACACCAAUGUUCUCAUCGUUUUUCUCCUAUCUGGGUGGAUCCAUGUGAUGACGGAUUCCAUGCAGGGAGUUCCGCCAAGUGACUCCGGCGCUAUGGUUUUCUUCCCUUUGUUUACACUGGGGUUCAUGAUCGAGGAUGGAGUCCAGCAUAUUUGGAAAACUUGGAAAGUCUCAGGUGAAAGCGGCAAAUCAUCCACGGGCCCAAGGCUUUGGCAAAGAGUUCUAGGCCUUGUGUGGGUUAUGACGUGGAUAUCUGUCACUUCACCCCGGUACCUCGUCCCCACACAGCUGCAACCAAAAGAAAACAGGUGGAUGGUUCCGAUUAGUGUUGUGCAGUGGAUUGGUGUUCCUGCAGGGUUGGCUGGGAUUGUGGCGGGAGGGUUGGGGGUGAUGUUUGGAUUUGGUACGGAGAUAUGA